AUGAAGAGAUGCAGAAUAAAGAAUGACAAGCUCAGAUGUGAUUACCUGUUGGCAAAGGGGAGAGGCAACGUGGAAGCAGUGAAUGCUGUCAGGCAGAUAUUGGACACCUCGGGGGCCGCUGGACUGGCAGAGCUGAGGAGAAGGCAGGAAGCUGGAGAGCCUUUGGGGAGAGGCAACGUGGAAGCAGUGAAUGCUGUCAGGCAGAUAGUGGACACCUCGGGGGCCGCUGGACUGGCAGAGUUGAGGAGAAGGCAGGAGGCUGGAGGGCCUUUGGGGAGAAGCAACGUGGAAGCAGUGAAUGCUGUCAGGCAGAUAUUGGACACCUCGGGGGCCGCUGGACUGGCAGAGCUGAGGAGAAGGCAGGAAACUGGAGAGCCUUUGUACCCAAACUAUGACACAUCCACUUACAUGCGGAAUUGUGAAAAGGAGAUACUUGAACCUAUCCAUGGGAAAACCACAGGUACCAUACCGUCUUGGUUGCGAGGGACUCUUUUGCGCAACGGCCCAGGCAGAUUGAAGUUCGGCGACUCCACUUAUCAACAUUUCUUUGACGGCUCUGCGUUAUUACACAGGUUUGCCAUACAUAACGGAGAGAUCACUUACCAGACCCGUUUUCUGGAUACGUGCGCAUACCGCAAGAACAGAGCCGCUAAUCGCAUAGUCGUGGGUGAAUUUGGCACAAGAGCCAUCCCCGAUCCUUGUCAAUCUAUUUUUAGCAGAUUAUCAACUUUGUUUUCUCUACAAGAACCAACGGACAAUGCUAAUGUCUCCGUCUAUCCAUUUAAGGACCAGCUCUACUGUUUCACAGAAACAACAAAGAUUCAUAGAAUUGAUCCUACCAACUUGGACACAUUGGAUUUGGUAGAUGUAUCCAAGCAUGUGGCAGUGGUGAACCAUACAGCUCACCCUCAUGUGACACAGGAUGGGACAGUUUACAAUCAGGCCAUGAGUAUCCAGAGUUCCCGGCCUCACUAUUCCAUCGUCCGAUUCCCAACACAAGGUGAAGGUCAAACUGGUGAAAAGUCAAAUAGCAUGUUUGAAAAUGCAGAGAUAGUGACAUCUAUCAAAGCACGAUGGCCUUUUGCUCCCUCUUACAUGCAUUCUUUCGGCUUGACUGAAAACUACUUUAUUAUCAUAGAGCAACCCUUUGCCAUAUCCUUCCCUGAUAUCGUCAAGGGCAAAUUAUCCUCUCAACCUAUGAGCGCAUGCCUUCGUUUCUUCAAAGAUGAAGAUACUCUGAUCCAUGUAGUGGAACGAGCCACUGGGCAGCUCUUCAAGACCUACUCAGCAGAUGCUUUCUUAUUUUUCCACACCGUGAAUCAGUUCGAAUGCGAUAACCAAUUAGUAGUAGAUAUCUGUUGCUACAAAGAUUCUACAGUUGUGGACAAUCUCUACUUCAGGUCUCUUCUGGAGGAAAACAAGGAUCUGGACUAUAUUCAGGCAAUACUAAGCCGCCCUCUACGAUUUGUGCUUCCUCUGGCACCGACAGCAGUUGGUACAACCACUAACCUCGUGACGCUGGAGGGAUCCGAGGCAGUCGCUCGUUGGCGAGGAACAGAUAUUCGUGUUCAGCCAGAAUCUUUCUGUGACCUAGGAUGUGAAAUGCCCCGUUUCAACUACGACUAUCUCGGAAGGCCUUAUCGCUAUUUCUACGCGGUCUCUACCGACGUGGAACUUGACAAUCCUGGAACUCUGAUCAAAGUGGACACUCAAACUAAGGAACACCGAACAUGGAGCGAACCUGGUGUUUUCCCCAGCGAGCCUAUAUUUGUAUCCUCACCUGAUCCCAAGCACGAGGACGACGGCGUGAUCCUGUCAACCCUGUUGUGGGGGCGGGGGACGGAAACGCAGGUUGGGCUGUUGGUGCUGGAAGCCAAGACUCUCCAGGAAAUUGGCAGAACCGUUUUUCAAACUCAGUCUGCUGUUCCUAGGACACUACAUGGAUGGUUCACCUCCGACUUGUAGCUCACUCACUACACUGUAUACUACUAUAUAAUAAUGCAAAUAAAUGUGCUUGUUUGAUAUGGCAA